AUGGGACAGAUUCUCAAUAAGAUAUUUACGUCACAAGAUGACAAUUUAGAAACAUUUUCUCUUCUUUGGCUCGAUAGGUCAGUUAACAAGACAGAAGAUAAUAUUUGCGCUCAAGAAGAACUUCAAGCAACAAUCAAUCAACUAAAAACAUUUGAAGAUCCAGAUCAGUGUAUACGAUAUAUAUCAACUGUGCCGAAAGAAGAUCGAAUUGUUUUAAUAGUUAGUGGACAGUUAGGUCGACAAAUAGUGCCUCAUCUUCAGUCUUUUGAACAAGUCUUAUCAAUAUAUGUUUAUUGUUACGAUCAAAAUUCAAAUGAACAAUGGUCUGCUAUGUAUCCAAAAGUGAAAGCUGUAGUUACACAUGUAAAAGAACUUAUUGCUCGAAUUCAAUUUGAUCAUGAAAAACAACAGCAAAAUAAAAUUUAUGAGUCAUUACCAAUUAGUAUUUUUGAUCCAAAAAUUGUUCAUGAAAAACUUACAACUGAUCUUCAAGGUCAUCUUGUUCAUUCACAAUUAUUAAUUAAUUGUCUUCUUCAAAUGAAAUCGGACGUAAGGGAUAAGAACGAACUAACAUCUCUGAACUUCGAACGAAAUUAUACACCAGAUAAGGCUAUUUGGUGGUAUACAAGAAAUUCAUUUCUAUCUCGAUUAUUGAAUAAAGCUCUUCGCACACAAAAUAUUGAUAUUUUAUUUUUAUUUCAAUUUUUUAUUGUUAAUAUUCGGGAACAACUCGAACAAUUUCGACAUAGGAAACCAAUAGUCGUCUAUCGAAAUCAAUUAAUGUCAAAUGAUAAAUUAAAAAAGUUAAAAGAUUCUAUUGGACAAUUUAUUUCAAUCAAUUCAUUCUUUUCAGCUACUAUGGAAAUUGACAAAGCUCUUUUAUAUUUGCCAAAUUCGGAUGGGUUAGAAAGAGUAUUAUUCGAAAUUGAAGCUGAUCCUAGACUCGGCAGUGAUAGACCAUUUGCCAAUAUCAAAUCACUAAGUUUUGAUCAAGAAGACGAAAUACUUUUCAUGUUGGGAUCGAUUUUUCAAAUCGUUAAAAUUGUUCUUGAUAGUCGAAAAAUAUGGCGAGUUCAAUUAAAAUUAUGUUCUGAUAACAGUCAACAAUUCUAUUCAAUUCAGGACACAAAUCAACUUCUUACAUUUGGUCAUGUGCUCAUGACAAUGGGCAAUAUAGAUGAAGCAAAGAUAUAUUAUGAACGUUUACGAGAUGGAUUAUCAAAAGAUGAUCCCAAUCAAGCUCGUUGUUAUGAAGCACUUGGAAGUAUAGCCGAUGAACAACGUGAUUAUGAGAUUAGUCUUAAGUUAUACAAUCAAUCUCUUCAAAUCAAUUUAAAACAAUGGGGUACAAAACAUCUAUAUACUGCAUCGAGUUAUAAUAGUAUUGGAGAAAUUUAUCGAAAGCAAGGUAAUUACAAUAAAGCACUAGAAUAUUAUGAUAAAGCAUUAGAAGCUUUGGGAACAGAUUCAACAGUCAAAGCACUUGCAAAAAAAGCUGUAUGUUAUAACAAUAUUGGUAUUGUCAAUCAAGAACAAAAUCAAUACAAAGUAGCACUCGACUUUUAUAUAAAAGCAUUUAAAAUACGCAAAGAUUGUUUGCCAAAUGAUGAAACAUCUUUAGGCAUGUCGUACAAUAACAUGGGAAAUGCUUAUUAUUUUCUUAAACUUUAUGACGAUGCGAUAUAUCAUUAUCAAGAAGCUCUCAAAAUUUAUAAAAAAAC